UCUCUCUCACUCUUUCUCUGGCAGCACUCAGCUUUUUUGGCAGGAGUGACCAGAAUAAAAACAGCAACACCAGACACAGAAGAGAAAAAAAGUGCAGUGAUCCAUCGAACCAACGGCUUUGCCCUUUCUUAAUUACGUCGUGUCCAGUAUCAUUUUCUUUUUUCCUCCCCUCUUCUUUUUUUUCAGACAUUUUUGAAGUGGUAAUUAGCUCUUGGAGAAUAAAACCAGCUGAUUCGGGGAGGGCCAGUGCAUUUUGGAGCGAGAUGGCUAACAGGAGGGCUGCGAUGCUCCUUCUCGGAUUCUUCCUCGCCGCACAGCUGAGUCCUGCGCUGCAAGGAGGGGUGUAUGUGCCUCAGGGUUCAGCUGGAGGAGGACCAGGUGGGGCUGGAUAUCUACCAGGUGCUGGACUUUACCCAGGGGUAGCCCAGAGUGCUUCAACUUUCUGUGGAGCAGAUGGACGCUGCCUCCCACAUGGUGCUGGGACGUCCCAAUACAAAGCAGCAAAAGCAGCAGCAGGAGGAUAUGGAGGAGCUGCUGGAACUGGUGCUCAAACAGGAGCUUUAGGGGCUGGAGGUUAUGGAGCUGGUGGUUAUGGGGCUUAUGGUGCAUAUGGUGGUGCUGGAAGGUUCUACCCAAUGGCUGGAGGUCUGAAACCAGCUAAAUCAGGCACUGGGCUACCGGGUGGUCUUCCAGGAGGUGGUUUACCUGGAGGUCUGCCUGGAGGAGGUCUACCUGGAGGUGCUGGAGUAAAGCCCCCUAAAGGCGGGCCAGGUGUAGGAGGAACUGGUACUGGUCUCCCAGGCUUUGGCAUUCCUCAGACUGGUGUACAAGGACUGGGCCCUGGUGGGGUUGGACCUGGAGGGAAAGCAGCAAAACCUGGAAAAGCUCCAGUGCCGGGAGUGGGAGUGCCUGGUCCGUAUCAAGGAGGACUUGUUCCUGGACAAGGCUUCAAUGGACGGGGUGUUCUUCCCGGUGUAGCCACUGGAAAUGGACUCAAGCCCAAAUCAGCUGCUGGUGGUGCUGGGCAGGGUCUGGGACCAGGUGCUGGUGGACGUGGAUAUGGUGGACCACUGCAACAAGGAGUUUUUCACGGAUACCCCCUGAAAUCCCCCAAAUCCCCAGGUGCUGGUUUGCCCUACACUGGUGGUAAACUUCCAUACGGUUACGGUGGCUUUGGUGGAGGUGGUGGACUCCCCGGUGGGAAAGCAGGAGCUGGCUCCAAGCCGGGUUAUCCAACAGGGACUGGUGUGGGAUCUUUAGGGGCCUCCGCUGCACAGGCCAAAGCUGCUAAAUAUGGUGCUGGAGCUGGUUUAGGUGGAGCUGGAGCUGGAGCUUACCCGGGUGGUGCAGGUGGACUUUACCCAGGGGCAGGAGGUGGGGUCUCUGCUGCACAGGCCAAAGCUGCUAAAUAUGGUGCUGGAGCUGGUUUAGGUGGAGCUGGAGCUGGAGCUUUCCCGGGUGGUGCAGGUGGACUUUACCCAGGGGCAGGAGGUAUUGGAGCUGGUUUAGGUGGAGUUGGAGGUCUGCCAGGCGGUGCUGGGGGACUAUACCCGGGGGCAGGAGGAACAGGUGCUCUUACACCAGCUCAAGCUAAAGCAGCUAAAUAUGGUGCUGGUCCUGGUGUUACUGGAAUUGGUGGUGCAGGCACUGGCAGACUCUUUCCUGGGGUAGGAGGUGCAGGAGCAGUUCCUGGUGGUGCUGGGAUUGUGCCAGGAGCCGGAGGGGUCUACCCUGCAACAGGAGGUCUGACGCCCGCUCAAGCCAAAGCAGCUAAAUACGGUUUAGGUGGGGCAGGUGGAGCUGGUGGUGGGCCUGGUUUUGGAGGACUGUACCCUGGAGCAGGAGGUGCAGGUGGUGUACCAAUUGGUGGAGUAGCAGGGGGAGCUGGAGCAGUUCCUGGAACAGCACCAGGGGCUGGAGUGUAUCCAGGUGGAGCGAAGCCUCCUAAAUAUGGUCUGACACCCGCUCAAGCCAAAGCAGCUAAAUACGGUUUGGGUGGGGCAGGUGGAGCUGGUGGUGGGCCUGGUUUUGGAGGACUGUACCCUGGAGCGGGAGGUGCAGGUGGUGUACCAAUUGGUGGAGUAGCAGGGGGAGCUGGAGCAGUUCCUGGAACAGGGGCUGGAGGUCUGACGCCCACUCAAGCCAAAGCAGCUAAAUACGGUUUGGGUGGGGCAGGUGGAGCUGGUGGUGGGCCUGGUUUUGGAGUACUGUACCCUGGAGCAGGAGGUGCAGGUGGUGUACCAAUUGGUGGAGUAGCAGGGGGAGCAGGAGCAGUUCCUGGAACAGGGGCUGGAGGUCUGACGCCCGCUCAAGCCAAAGCAGCUAAAUACGGUUUAGGUGGGGCAGGUGGAGCUGGUGGUGUUCCUGGUUUUGGAGGACUGUACCCUGGAGCGGGAGGUGCAGGUGGUGUACCAAUUGGUGGAGUAGCAGGGGGAGCUGGAGCAGUUCCUGGAACAGGGGCUGGAGUGUAUCCAGGUGGAGUGAAGCCUCCUAAAUAUGGAGGAGCAGCAGGAGGGGCUGGUGUUUUCCCAGGCUACGGUUCUGUUGCUGGGAUCGGAGGACCUGGAGCUGUGCCUGGGGCUGGAGGGCUAGGAGCUGGCGUCAAACCUCCUAAAUACGGAGUAUCAGGAGGAACAGGUUUCGGAGUCCCCGGAGGAGUCCCAGGAGGAGUACCUGGAGGAGUACCAGGAGGAGUACCAGGAGGAGUACCAGGAGGAGUCCCAGGAGGAGUACCUGGAGGAGUACCAAUAACCGGAGCUGGAGGAUACCCUGCUGGUGCCAAAGCUCUUAAAUAUGGUUUGGGUGGUGGUGGUGGUCUACCAGGAGGGACUGGAUUUGUCCCUGGGCUUCAGAGACCAGGUUUGGGCGGAGCUGGGGGAGUCUUGGGUGGAGUUGGAACAGGAACUGGAUAUCCCACUGGAGGAUAUGGAACCGGGGCAAAACCACCUAAAUACGGUGUUCCCGGUGGUGUUCCUGGUGGAGUACCCGGUGGAGUACCUGGUGGUGUUCCGGGAGGUGUCCCAGGUGGAGUACCUGGUGGUGUACCUGGUGGAGUACCUGGCGGUGUACCUGGAGGAUACCCAGCAGGAGCUAAACCUCCAAAAUACGGAGUCGCGGGAGGUGCAGGAACGGUACCCGGUGCAGGAGCACCACUGCCUGGGACAGGAUUGACACCAGGAGGAUAUCCUAGUGGAGUCAAACCUCCUAAAACUGGUGCUGGGAUCACUGGAACUGGUAUAGCAGGUCCUGGUGCAACACCUGGUGGUGACGUGGUGGUCGCACCGGGUGGCACUGGGGUGCCCGUUGCACCAAGUGGAAAACCAGCAAAGCUUCCAACCCUGACGCCCUCAGGGACAGAUCUACCUGGACCGACAGCUAUUGUAGCCACUGGCAAGGCCCCUGAGCUCAGUGGUGUGCAAAGAGGGCCUAGUGGUGCGGGUGGGGUUCCUGGUGGGGUUAACCCCUAUGGCUAUGGCCCAUUUUAUGGCGGCACUGGGCCUUCUGGAAUCGGAACCGGUGUGUUACCUGGAGCCAAACCUCUGAAAGCCCCUGGUGUUGGAGGGGCAGGAGGUGUUCCUGGACUCAUAGCUGGAGCAGGUGGGGGGUAUCCAGCAGGUGUUGGAUUGGGAGCUGGUGGUGUUGGAACUGGAGCUAAACCCCCUAAACCAGGCUACGGCUCUUUGGGUACAGGAUAUGCACAGCCAGGUGGUGCAGUUCCAGGAGGAUAUGGAGGAUAUCCACAAGCAUAUCCAGGAGGAUAUGGAGCAGGACUGUCACCACAACAAGCCAAAGCAGCCAAAUAUGGAGGUGGACUGACGGGAUUCCUGGGAGGAGGUUAUCGAGGUGGAGCGGGCUGCCAAGGGAAAUACUGCGGGAGGAGGAGAAAGUAAACGAUCUCUUGAGAUGUGAAGUGACCUCAAGAAACAUGGUGCUACUGCAUGCUCUAGAAUGUACUUUUGAUACUCAAACAAACGAUCCCAUCAUGCACAAGUGUUAUGUUUUGAUAGUAAAUAUUUGUAACGAAUCCAAAUCCAGGUCCAUAAAACGCCUAGUGUUUUGUGGCAUUAACUCCAGUCCUGAUUGUUUAUGGCACAUUCCAUCUUGUUACUGUUUCCGGUUGUAGGGUUGCAUAUGUAACCGGGUUCAUUAGCUGCCAAUGCUUUUGUGCUGUGUAACUGUAAAGGUUUCAAGACACCCCCGGAAGCUCACGAUCUAGCUCUCGAGACUCUUAAAGUAAGAGCAUUUCUUGGCUAUCUCGCCCGCACGAGGUUUUUUAACGUCCCUGCCGUGAUAGUCCUGUCAUACUGCUGAUUAAACUCUGGGUUGAAACACUUCACAUCUGGCCGUGCUUCAGCUUAGCAGUUUGCUUGUUAUUUUUGACCCUUUUUAGGCUUUCUGUGCAGAUGAGCCUUACAAUUACAGUCCUUUAUGGGUAAAUGCCCUCGGAUAUUUUGCAUAAAGAAAUCCUAUUUUUAGGAGCAUUUUGGAACAUUAGGAAUAUAAAAAUGCGUUUUACUUCUGAGGGGUUGUUUUGUAAUUAUUUCUCGACAUGUUCUUGACAUGUUCUUUGUGAGAUUCACCCCUCGAUGAUUUGCGUGUCUUUUGAUUUGAGACGCUCCACCCAUGUGUUUUUAUAAGUAGGCCAUAAAAUGCGUGCGGAUGCUACGAGAGCCUCGCGGAUGUCGAACACACCCCUGAGAGCGACACGCGUGCGGCUCGAGUCCUGCACACUGUGUGAAGUAUGAAGAGCAGAAGUGAACGGCGGCUUGUGUCUAAUAUUAAUCACCUUGUGGAAAUCUGUUUUGGGAUCUGUCUGGUGAAGGGAACAAAUUGAAAAGUAAACGUGUAAAAUAGUAAUCAUUAUGUACAUUAUGUAUGUUUAAACCUGGAAGAUUAACAGAUGUGCUUAUGUUUUUCCCUGGACCCGGGGCCUACAGGUGCUUCCAUCGUUUGACCAAGAAUGUGUUUCUUUAAUCAUUGUGUAUUCACAUAGAGUUAGUUUAUUAUAUACAUAUAAAAUAUACAUAAAUCAUACGCUUACAGUAGGUUGGAUCAUUAUACACCGGUUAUUUUUUCUUAUGUUGUUUGUUUUGUACCAUUUGAACUUGACAUGUUGACCAAUUAUCAAGUUUGUACACGUAUGACAAUCAUUGUUUUUUUUUUUUUGCUUUAAAUAGCUUGUGCAUUGUAGUCACUAUGGAACUUGCAAAACUGUGUGUGAUAUUUUAAGAUGUGAGUGUAUGUGUGUGUGUGUGUAGGUUAUUAUGUACGUAAAUCCCCCCAAAGUGUGUGUGUGUUUGUCCGUCCCAAAAGCCUCACUAGCCAAUGUAUUAUCAAACAUAUAAUGUGUCAAUUUUUGCUAUAUUUGGUUGAUACUGUUUUUCGAUCCAUCCGGAGAGACACUUUAUCAUGUAUUAAUAUACCUGGUGCUGUAUUUGACCUGCCUGUGAGCCCUACCAGGUCUUCUCUAUUGUGCCGUAGGAUUUCCAUCUUAUUUAAAUAAAGGGGCGGGGCUAUUGCACUUUUUCCACAACCUAUAUUCUGACUAGUUCCCGGAAAUCCCGGCCUUUUACCUGCUCUAGUGAAAAAUGAAAUAAAAUAUUUUAAAUAAAAAAA